AAUUUCCAAUUUUACUAUAGGUUUAUCCAUAAAAAAGUUGCCAUUACUUUAGGUUUAUUCAUAAAAAGGUUGCCAUUUGCCUAUAAAUAGUGAUCAUCAAUAACAUAGAAGUAUAGAACCAGUCCAAACUAAAAAAAGUGUUAGAAAAAUCAGAUAACUUCGACAUGUCUCCCUUUACCUCCGUCGUUGUUGCACUUGCACCUGUUUUGUCCUCUCCCUCCGCGGUGAAACAGAACCCCCUGAAACGCAAACGCGACGAUGAGAUCACUCAAAAGAAAGCCGCACCUAUGGUUGUGCCUAAAGAAGACGACGAACAUGAACAUACCGAGCCACAUCCACCUUCUUGGGAGGCGCUAUGCGUUCUUGGUCCUUACAUGGAGCCUGAGACUCUCGCCAUCGCCUCUUGCGUCUCAACCACGUGGUUAGAGUGUUUCUCCUCUGACAAUCUAUGGAAGGCUCUCUUAACCUCAAGGUCUUCACAGCGCUCCUCUCCCUACGAGGUCGUAUUACAAAACACCGAAACUAUCUCGUACAAACACCUUGUCUCCGCCGUUGAGACGGACGCGAAACGCCGCCGCAAAGAUCAAGUGGCGGAAUCCGUCAAGUUACUACUCUCUGAUCUCAGCUUCAUCGUCCACGUUUCCACUAAAACAAAGAAAUCAUCGGUUUACGAAACGGGUAAAGAUCUCGUGUUUGGUCCUAACGACAAGUUCCGUAUCGAAGUCGACGUAAGCAACGCAGCUAUUACUGCCGGUGAAGAAGACGUGCGGAUGACGUGGCAAGUCAUGUACAAGGGAAAUUUCUUCACGCUAGCGGAUACUUCAAGAACGUUGGACACAAAGUAUGGGUGGUUCACCGAGAAACUUGAAGACAAGUGUAACCGCAAGCUAGUAGGUGACGUCAAGCCAAGUUUUAACGAGGAUGUUCUUGAGAAGAUUGGGUUUUCGAUAGUAGACUCGGACGGCUGGGGAUCUCUGUUACUUGACGGGUUUUUAAGAUAUCUUCAGCGAAUUUUCUUGGAAUGAUUUUCUUACAAUAGUCUCUGAGUAUAUCUUCGAUUGAGUAGAUGGCUUAGCAAGACUGUAUAUAUAAGUUUCCUUUUAG